AUGUAUGCAGCGGUGGAGCAUGGGCCUGUCCUUUGCAGCGACUCCAACAUCCUCUGUCUGUCGUGGAAGGGGCGCGUUCCCAAGAGUGAAAAGGAGAAGCCAGUGUGUCGGCGGCGCUACUAUGAGGAGGGCUGGCUGGCCACAGGCAACGGCCGCGGCGUUGUUGGGGUGACCUUCACUUCGAGCCACUGCCGCCGGGACAGAAACACUCCCCAGAGAAUAAACUUCAACCUGCGGGGCCACAAUAGUGAGGUUGUGCUGGUGAGGUGGAAUGAGCCGUACCAGAAGCUGGCCACGUGUGACGCAGAUGGAGGGAUAUUUGUGUGGAUUCAGUACGAAGGGAGGUGGUCCGUGGAACUGGUCAACGACCGAGGGGCUCAGGUGAGUGAUUUCACAUGGAGCCACGAUGGAACUCAAGCACUUAUUUCAUAUCGAGAUGGGUUUGUCCUGGUUGGUUCUGUCAGCGGACAAAGACACUGGUCAUCUGAGAUAAACCUGGAGAGUCAGAUCACAUGUGGCAUAUGGACUCCUGAUGACCAACAGGUGCUGUUUGGCACGGCCGACGGGCAGGUGAUCGUCAUGGACUGCCACGGCAGGAUGCUGGCCCACGUGCUCCUGCACGAGUCCGACGGCAUCCUCAGCAUGUCCUGGAACUGCCCCGCCUUCCUGGUGGAGGACAGCAGCGAGAGCGACACGGACUCAGACGACUACUCCCCACCCCAAGAUGGUCCAGCAGCGUAUCCCAUCCCGGUGCAGAACAUCAAGCCGCUGCUCACCGUCAGCUUCACCUCGGGGGACAUCAGCUUAAUGAACAACUAUGACGACUUGUCUCCUACUGUCAUCCGCUCAGGGCUGAAAGAGGUGGUGGCCCAGUGGUGCACGCAGGGAGACCUCCUGGCCGUCUCUGGCAUGGAACGGCAGACCCAGCUCGGUGACCUCCCCAAUGGCCCUCUUCUGAAGAGUGCCAUGGUCAAGUUCUACAAUGUCCGCGGGGAGCACAUCUUCACCCUGGACACGCUUGUGCAACGCCCCAUUGUCUCCAUCUGCUGGGGACAUCGGGACUCGCGGCUGCUGAUGGCUUCAGGACCAGCCCUGUACGUGGUGCGCGUGGAGCACCGCGUGUCCAGCCUGCAGCUGCUGUGCCAGCAGGCCAUCGCCAGCGCCCUGCGAGAAGACAAGGACAUCAGCAAGCUGACCCUGCCCCCCCGCCUUUGCUCCUACCUCUCUACCGCCUUCAUCCCCACCAUCAAGCCCCCAAUUCCAGACCCCAACAACAUGCGAGACUUUGUCAGCUACCCCUCGGCUGGCAACGAGCGUCUGCACUGCACCAUGAAGCGCACAGAGGACGACCCGGAGGUGGGCGGCCCGUGCUACACCCUCUACCUGGAGUACCUGGGCGGGCUUGUGCCCAUCCUCAAGGGGCGACGCAUCAGCAAGCUGCGGCCAGAGUUUGUCAUCAUGGACCCCCGGACAGAUAGCAAAUCAGAUGAAAUCUACGGCAACAGCUUGAUCUCCGCCAUGCUCGACAGCUGUAACUGCUCAGACUCCAGUGACAUCGAACUGAGUGACGACUGGGCUGCCAAGAAAUCCCCCAAAAUCUCCCGAGCUAGCAAAUCACCCAAACUCCCAAGGAUCAACAUUGAGGCUCGGAAGUCUCCCAAGCUGUCCCGGGCUGCUCAGGAGAUGUCCAGGUCUCCCCGGUUGCCGAUGCGCAAGCCCUCCAUUGGCUCACCCAGCCUGACGCGAAGAGAGUUUCCCUUUGAAGACAUCACUCAGCACAACUAUCUUGCUCAGGUCACGUCUAAUAUCUGGGGAACGAAGUUUAAGAUUGUGGGCUUGGCUGCUUUCCUGCCAACCAACCUCGGUGCAGUAAUCUAUAAAACCAGCCUCCUGCAUCUCCAGCCACGGCAGAUGACCAUCUAUCUCCCAGAGGUUCGGAAGAUUUCCAUGGACUAUGUUAAUUUACCUGUCUUCAACCCAAAUGUUUUCAGUGAAGAUGAAGAUGAUUUACCAGUGACGGGAGCAUCGGGUGUGCCUGAGAACAACCCUCCAUGUACCGUGAACAUCCCCAUCGCUCCCAUCCACAGCUCGGCGCAAGCUAUGUCCCCCACACAGAGCAUAGGAUUGGUGCAGUCCCUGCUGGCCAAUCAGAAUGUGCAGCUGGACGUCCUGACCAAUCAGACCACGGCAGUGGGGACGUCUGAGCAUGGAAGUGAUAGUGCCACCCAGUACCCAGUCUCCAACCGCUAUUCCAACCCCGGACAGGUGAUCUUCGGAGGUGUGGAGAUGGGCCGCAUCAUACCCAACCCCGCUCAGCUGUCCCUGCCACCGCCUGCACCAGGGGCGAUCCAGCUUUCGGUGUUGGACCACGGAGACCGAGACCAUGACCACCUGCAGAAGUCCACCAAGGCCCUGCGGCCAGUGCCGCAGCUGGCCGCCGAGGGGGACGCAGUGGUGUUCAGUGCCCCGCAGGAGGUCCAGGUGGCGAAGAUGAACCCCCCACCCCCCUACCCGGGACCCGUGCAAAACCCCCAGGGCACUCUGCCCCCCAAGGCACACUUGGUGGUGGAGAAGCCCCUCGUGUCCCCACCGCCCACCGACCUCCAAAGCCACUUGGGUACAGAGGUGAUGGUAGAGACCACAGACAACUUCCAAGAAGUCCUCUCCCUGACAGAAAGCCCGGUCCCCCAGCGGUCGGAGAAAUUCGGGAAGAAAAACCGGAAGCGCCUGGACAGCCGAGCAGAGGAAGGAAAUGUUCAGGCCAUUACAGAGGGCAAAGUGAAGAAGGAGGCAAGGACUUUGAGUGACUUUAAUUCCCUGAUCUCCAGCCCUCGCCUGGGGAGAGAGAAGAAGAAAGUGAAGAGUCAGAAAGACCAACUGAAGUCGAAGAAGUUGAAUAAGACGAAUGAGUUCCAGGACAGCUCAGAGAGCGAGCCUGAGCUGUUCAUCAGUGGUGAUGAGCUGAUGAACCAGACCCAGGGCAGCAAGAAGGGCUGGAAGAGCAAGAGGAGUCUGCGGACGGCCAGCGAGCUGGAGGAGUUCAAGUGCCGGAAAGCCAGCGAGAAGGAGGAUGGCCGGCUGGGCAGCCAGGGCUUUGUGUACGUCAUGGCCAACAAGCAGCCUCUGUGGAACGAAGCCACCCAAGUGUACCAGCUGGACUUUGGGGGGCGCGUGACCCAGGAGUCCGCAAAGAACUUCCAAAUCGAGCUAGAGGGGCGGCAGGUGAUGCAGUUUGGAAGGAUUGAUGGCAAUGCGUACAUUCUGGACUUCCAGUACCCCUUCUCAGCUGUGCAGGCCUUUGCGGUUGCCCUGGCCAACGUGACUCAGCGCCUGAAAUGA